UAUCGCUAACUUCCGGCGCCCCGCGGCGGCCAUGUUGGAGCGGCGGAGGCAGCGCAGCGGCGGGGCCUGGUCUGCGUCCGGGCUCCGCAGCGGCUGGUGUCCAGCGUUGGCAUUCAAGUAAUUCAAACCCCCUGGAAGCUCCUGCUUGCCUAAUGCCAUGAAUAUUGCAGUGAACAAUGUGGAAGAAAAAGCUGUGCAUUCCUGGUCACGAAUCUCGUCUGCAGGACAGAAAGCCCUGGAGGAAGCCCUCCGCGUCUUCAACCCCAUGUCUAAGGACCUCUCUGACACUGAGACCCAGCUGGUGGCCUUUCUCCAGGGCCUCAGGGAGGAGGGCUACCAGCCCACAAUCCUGAGAAGCAAGGAUGUGUACGGCUACAGCUCGUGCACAGCGGACACACCUGGGCAGACUGAAGAGAGCAUACAGCACAGCUCUGGCACGGCCACAGCACCCGACUCUGCCAGUGCUCCUGCCAGACCCACAGCAACCCCGACCAGGAUGGCAGCUCCGCUGGCUGGGAUCUCAGUGAGCUCUUCCACAGUCUCCCCCAAGCCAGUCUCCAAAGGCAGUUCUACAAAUCUCCUCUUGAACUCAUUGAAACAGACCAGGUCGGGCACCUCAAAAGCCCCAGCCAUGGCCUUUCCUGCUAAUAUGUACCCUGACGUGUACCCAGCCGUGAGGCUGUCUGUGGUGCUGGAAGCCCUGGUUCCCCUGAAAACUGCAGCCCCCUGCUUGGAAUCAAAAUACAAGCCAGGGCAACUAGGCCUCUCCCCCUCGGACCACAGGCUCCACAAGGCAUCAAGUGCGUCGGCCAGAACCGCUAAGGUAACGUCGGGCCCGCUGGAUCCCAAAGGCUGCAAACACUUCACUAAGAAAGUACCUGACUCCUCUAGCCUUGCUGCAGGGCUUCUGAAGGGACCGAAGGGUGGCGUGCUGCAGGAAAGCAAUGCCUGCAAGGCGUCUGGGGUCCUGAACGGGCGCAUCACGGGCAGCUCCUCGCAGAGCAUUAGCGGCGGGCCACCGGCCAAGGCCUCCAAAGUCAGAGCCAGGGAGGUCCCUGGGGGCAGAAUGGAGUGGAGGGAGAGUAGCGGGCCCACAGAGACCACCGGGCAGAAGAGGAAGAGGACUCUGGAGCCCAGAGAGACGCCACAGAAGGCAACGGCCAAUGCCAUGCCGGCACCGCACAAGGCCGACCGGGCGCCGAGCGCCUGGAACCUGCUCAAGUUCCGGGUCAUCAAGGUGGACGGUUCUUCCUCGGACGACGAAGUACGGAGGAGAGCCCAGCAGAUCCUGAGGGUCAACCUGUCCCCCGUGAUCCGAAUCCAGCCCCUCUCCCAUGCCCACAGUGUUCCCUGAGGGGCCUCAUUUUGCCACCUCUUUUAAGCGAGCGAGCAUGAGCUGAGGCCAGAACAUGGAGAUGUUUGAGUGCAGUCACGGUCCUCUGGCGCCUGGGGACGAUAGCGGAGCAACUGCCUGCACCUGUGAGCCGCGUGCCCUGUGCCCAUCGCAAUGGCUGCCCGGCAGCAUUGUGCAGCGCUGGACUGCGGCUGCACAGACCGUUUUUAGAGACGCAGGAGGAUGCCUUCCGCCCCUGCGCUGCCCUGGCCAGAGCCCUGGUCUCCUGCGGGAACUUCCCAAUGGAGCAGCGGCACAUGCCCUGCACAGUGGGAGGACGUGGGAAUGUCUCACACCGUCGAUGCACUGUGACGUUUCACUCCCUUUCCAAGUUGUACAUUUCCUGGGUUUAUUUUAAUCAAAUUUUCUAAGGUUAUUAUCUAUAUCUGUACACGUGCAGACUGCCCAGGACGGUCAGGGGCACUGGUCCUACCUGCCCCCUCUGGAGCUUGGUUCCAGAGAUGUUUGCCCUCUCUCCUCUCCCCCCUGUCCAUCAUUCCUUUGAAGGUGCCACAUUUCUCCCCUCCUUACAGUGUUGUCAUCAGCUGGCUCUGGGCUCCUGCCAAAGCAAGUGGAGUUGCUGCCCCUCCAGCCCUGGGAAGCACAGCGCAGCCUGGGAGCAUCCCAGCUGGGUGUCGAAUGUCAGUCUCCUUGUGCUGUGCCUGUGACCACCGCCAUGUGCCAGAGGAACAGGGCUGAGCUGCUGCCCUGGGGCCCACACAGCUUUUCUCAUAUGUCCUCCCUUUGUUGUCAGCAGCAGUGCUGAGCUCUAGCCGCAGCAUUGCCUCCUGUCAGCGCUUCUACCCUGGGACCGAGGGUGUGCCCAUGUGGCACUGUGCUGGCAGUCGGCUGAGGCCUGGAGCUGUCCGCUGGUAGUCACCUGACAUUCCCUGGUCAGACUUGAACCACUUGGCUGUCGCGGAGGGUGCUGGAGCAGCUUCUCAUGGGGACAAAAACCACUCCCCUGCCCCGGGUGCUUGGGACUGUACUCAGUGGGCCCAGCAUUCCACUGGUGCCUGUGACAUGUUCAUGGGCAAGCCCAGAGGAGCUGCAGCAGAAGGGUCCGGGGGGGAUACGGUUGAUUGCGCCUGGUUUUUGAACAUAUGGACAGUCUUAAGGUUUGAGGCUGUGAUGCAGGGGGAAAGGGCUCAGGCACUAAAGUUUCUCACUGUGGGUUAAAGAUUCGGCAGCUUAUCUAGUGCCCAGCAGGGACACUGCAGGGUGUCUGCCUGCCUGCUCUGGGCCUCUGUGCCCCACCCCUCCUGGGCAGGCAGGGAAUGCAUGUGCAACCCCACCGGUGCCAAUGCUGCAGAUUGGGUGAGAGUAGGUUCUACCUCCUGCUGCCGAAGGGUGGGCUGCGCCGCAGGGUAUGCGCAGUGUCAUUCGCAGUGUGUCAGAAGGUGGAAAGGACUGUUGUCCUGCAGGGAGGGGCAGCCAGUGGGCCUCAUGCCCAGCUGAUCUGGCCCAGGUACCAAAUGCAAGGGGUUGUCACCCUGGGGCAGGCAGGGCCUGGCCUUGCUGUACAGUGGGCAUAGUAGCUGGGGACUCGGGCCCCGCAGGACCUGUCCCUUUCCUGUCAGCACCAGGGCCAGUAGUCGGUGGCUCAGCCUUGGCUGCAGCUCAGAGCUCCAUUCUCUGUACCAGCCAUCCUGGCCGCGAUGCAGCCAUUCCAGUGCUAUCCAGCACAGCUAGCUGAUGCGGGGCGAGGGGACAGCUUCCUCCAUGUCACUGAGCAGGCUGGGGGCUGGGCGGGGAGUGGACCCCAAGGCCCAGCACAGCAGGCCCCACAGCACUUGUGCGUGCAGCCCUCCCUAGAGCCCUGGAGCAACUGGCAGCUCAUGCUGGGGCUGGGCCAUCCCUCCCUGUCUCCGACUUUUGAUUGUGCUCUUACUUUGCCAAAUGCCCCAGCCCUGAGUAUUUGAGGAGUUUUGGGGGGUCCCAGGCGACUGUAGAAGUCGCCGCUUGGCCCCUUGUUGCAGGCCCCUGCUGUGUUAAUUUUCCCAAUGUUCCCCUUUCAUGGGCCCUUUGACCACUACUGCCCAGCCUGGACCCUCCGUCCCUGUUGUCCCCUCCCUCGGCUCUUUCCAGGACCCCUGCAAGCACCCCUAUCCCCUAGGUUCUCGGCAGGCCCGGGCUUCCUGCCAGGCUGCAGCACUCGCACAUGCUGCAGUGCUCAUGUUGGCGCACUGUACUUGGGGUGCCCGGGUACGAGCCCCUGGGCAGGUAUCCACACGGAGCUGUUUGGGCUCCAGCAGCCUGGUGUUGGUAGGUGCAGCCCCUCUGGUAGGGAGCAGCUGCCGGAGCAUGUCCUGGGGCGCUGUGUUUCAGAUCCCUGUGCUGUGGGGCUGCCUCCACCCUCACCUGGCUGAUCCUGCAGCAGUGCUCAGCCCCUCCCUGUGCUGAUACUGGCAGAGGUAGGGGCAGGCAUUGCUGGUGAGAGCCAUGGACCAGGUGCCUCCUGGCUGACUUAGAGCCCAGCAGCCUGUGGGGGCUGUGCCUUCCUUCUGGUCCCACAGGGUUUCACUGGGGUCCCUUGUCACCCUGUCCUGGGCCUGGGCAGCCCCAACCGACUGUUGUCUAGUGUUUUCCCAGUCGCAGCCUGCACAGUAGGAGCUGCCCCCAGCUACGGGGCAGGGGCUGAGAUGGGGGGGCUGGAGAGAAGCAGGAGCCAGGCUGAAGGAGACCAGAGAUGCAGCGAUGGCUGGGCUUGCUUCUGCCUGGUUCCUGCAGCAAGCCCUUCUCUGGCUUCUCACAGGAUGCAGCACUCCUAGCACUUGCCAGACCCUGCUGGGAUCCUGUCACCUGCCGGGUCUUGCCUGUGCCCUCAAUGCUGCCGGGGAGAGCAGUGGUCCCAGCCUUCUCUGUAUAAGCAGGGAGGGGAUCUGAGUGUCAGGCCUGCCCUCAUCCUAGUCCCUGAGAGCCUGGGGCAUGACCGCCUGCACCCGGCCCCACUGGCUGUGUUGUCAUCUGCCUUAAUUGGCCCUUCUGCCCCUGUCGCUCUGGGCGGCUGCCUGCACCCAUGCCACCUGCCUGGGGGUGCCAGCACCCGCCUGGCCAGAGCAGUGGUGUCAAGAGGCAGAUGCAGCGGAGCUGCCCUCAGGGCCCUGACCACAGGCCCUGGAGGACCCAGAGCACUUUGAAGCCUCUCAUUUGGCUGGGCUUCGUUGGCCUCUGGGCUCAGUGGGAGCGAGCGGUUCCUGUAGCACAACCAGCACAUUCCUGCCCUCGUCUGCGGGGCUCUGGUUGUAUAGCACAGCGGCUGUGUGCUCUCUUGUGGCAGCUGCGCCACAGCCCAGCCUUGGUGGGGCUGCCACCCACCCUGCCACGGAGCUUCCUGCUGCUCCGGAGCCGGAGACCGCCGUGCCAUGUGUGGACUGCCUAUGCCCUGGUCCACACAGGCAAGUCUCCCGUGCUGUGUGCCCACCCCAGGGGCGUCAGGCUGCAGCCAGGCAGCUCCUGGCUCCUCCUACUAAUGCCCAGCUGCGGCGCUGGGACAAACUGUCUUUUCUUCAAUGACGUGACCUUUUGUUACGAGGCCCCGGCCUGGCCCAUCCCCUCCAGUAAAAUGGUGCUUCACAACCCA